AUGAGAAAACAGGAUAUUAGUGAAUUUAUCGCCCUUACACAGUGUACUAAGGAGAUAGCUCGUAAAUACCUAUCGAGAAAUAAUGGUGCAUUGGACUACGCACUGAAUGACUACUAUGAUAGCGAGACGGGAAGCUUUGUCAUUAAACAAAAGGUUUACCCUUCAGAGUUGAUAGCCGUUUUUGAAAAUUACCGAGAUAGAGAAUCUGACAAGAUAUUGGCUGAUGGGCUAAUUACGUACAUAGGUGAUUUGGGUUAUCAACUAGAAGACAUAACCACAUUAUGUCUCACCGACUUACUGCAAUGUUCUUCGCUUGAGGAAGGCAUAACGAGGGACCAGUUUCUCUCAAAUUGGCUUGAUCAUGAAUGUAAGAAUCUCAGGCAUAUGAAAGCAAUGAUGGAUCGUAUGAAAGAUAAACUUCAAGAUGAUGCUGCUUACUUUAACUCCAUAUAUAUAAGCACAUUUGAACUGACCUUAGAAGAGAAUCAAAAGCAAUUAGAUGUCGACACGGCAGUUAGCUAUUGGCAACUAUUCUUUCCUGACACAAAACAAUACGCAAUUAAAGUAGAUAAAACAAGAAUGGACUCUUGGUAUAGAUUCGUUAACACAAAUACGAGCAAAAUAUCGAAAGACGUAUGGCAGAUGUUUUUGAUGUUUAUCACUAAAUUUCCCGACAAUGAAUCUUUGAGACAAAAUUACAACGAGUUGGAUGCAUGGCCACUGCUGAUCGAUGAGUAUUAUGAAUAUUUAGAAGAUAUCGGUCAAGUCUAG